GGUUUAUAGUACGUUUGAUAAGUUGGUAUUUUACGUCAGGCAUCACUCGGGCGGCCUGUGCGGCGUCCAAGGACCCAUUAUCGGCCUGGAAGCUGAUCGGCGGCGCCCCCUGGUAAACUGCAGUCCCCGGCCGCGCGCUACGUCUCCGCGCUUCCAAACAGCUUUAGCGGCACCGGCGAUUUUUCCUGGAUUAAAAAGAAAGCGGUUACCGCGGGACUGGCGCCGAAUCACUGUUGUGGAUGUUUGGUGCAACUUUGGCGCCUUCGGAGUCGACAGCUGGUGGCUCAGCAGACUUUCCAGCCCGUGGACAUGGAAUAGAGAAGCGGACCGGAGCCAGGCGCCAGGCCUGCAGAUAGCCCCCUUAGCCGGCGGAGCUAGCUGUGAAACUCAUUAUACUCGUUGGGUCCUGUUGCUAACUAGCUAGCCUCGGGUGCUAUUUUAGUUAGCAUAACAGUUAGCCAAACGGGGCUGCUAGCUUGUUUUGAUACUGAUAUACUGACGGAACCUGCUGGGGGCCACUACAGUUCCACGUUCCACGAACUUUUUUUGAAGUUCACGUUAACCUUCCGAGCUAACGUUGCCAGCGAGCUAACGAGCCGAGAGUGUGUCGCACAAAGUUGAGGUUUGGGUUUGAGCAGAGCGAUGCUGCGUGUGUAAAAGUCAUCUCUACGUUUCACAAAGAGGUUUCAUGUGGAUCAUCGGACAUCAGCCAGACGCAGCUCAGACCACCGCGGCUCUCCCCGCGGGACUACAGAGAACACACACUUCGGUCCACCACAGCGCGUCCCACUAACUGUCUCUCCCCUUCGGCCGGCUGCUGUGGCUGGCCACUCGGCACUGAGUGCCCAAUGGAGGAACAUGACAACAUGGACUAUUUUUACCAGCAGGUACUGCAGAAAGACGUGUCACGCAGGUUGCAGGUCGGCCAGGACCUCGUUGAUUACCUGAGCGACCCGCACCGCUCGGCGGACGUGGAGCAGGACAAACCCCGGCUGGACAAAACAAUAGACGAGCUGACGGGAUGGGUGAACUCCAGCAAUUUCAAGGUUGCUUUACUGGGGAUAGACAUCUGUGGUGCGUUUGUGGACCGCUUGGGAGAGAGGUUCAAAGGAUACCUGGGCACAGUCCUGCCAGCUCUCGUGGACAGACUGGGUGAUGGAAAGGACCAGGUCAGGGAGAACAGCCAAGCUCUCAUCCUCCGCUGCAUGGAGCAGGCCGCCUCACCCACGUACAUUUGGGAAAGGUUGCUUCCCGGGUUUAAACAUAAGAACUUCCGCUCUCGAGAAGGAAUCUGCCUCUGCCUCAGUGCCACACUCAGCACUUAUGGAGCUCAGCCACUGAGCCUCAGUAAACUAGUUCCUCAUCUUUGCUCCCUGACUGGAGACCAAAACCCACAGGUACGUGAGGCCUCUAUAACAACAUUAGUGGAUGUUUAUCGCCACGUGGGUGAACGGGUCAGGGCAGACCUGUCCAAGAGAGGACUGCCUGCUGGACGGUUGCAGACCAUAUUUGCUCGUUUUGAUGAAGCCUUGAAUUCCGGCAACAUGGCUCUGAGCCCGAGUCACGAUCGCAGUUUUGAUGAUGACGACAGUGUGGAUGGGAGUCGUUCUUCUUCUGCCCAGGCUGCCUUCAAGAUCCCCAAAGUUCCCAAGAAGCCUGCAGAUUCCUCUGCUGCACGUAGACCCAGUGCUACUGGUGGCAAGCUAGUGUCUAAGGAAAGUGCGGGGGCAGUUGAUGAAGAGGAUUUCAUUAAAGCCUUCACAGACGUCCCGACUGUCCAGAUCUAUUCAACCAAGGACCUUGAGGACAACCUAAAUAAGAUCCGUGAGAUCUGCUCUGAUGAUAAGCACGACUGGGACCAGAGAGCGAACGCUCUGAAAAAGAUCCGCUCACUGUUGGUGGCAGGCGCACCAAACUACGAUUGUUUCUACCAGCAUUUAAGGCUUCUGGACGGAGCCUUCAAGCUGUCUGCUAAAGACCUCCGCUCACAAGUGGUCCGAGAGGCCUGCAUCACUGUGGCCCACCUCUCAUCCGUGUUGGGGAAUAAAUUUGACCAUGGGGCAGAAGCCAUUGUUCCCGUUCUGUUCAACCUCAUCCCCAACUGUGCCAAAGUCAUGGCCACCUCUGGUGUGUCAGCUAUCCGCAUCAUCAUACGGCACACCCAUGUUCCCAGGCUCAUCCCCCUGAUAACCAGUAACUGCACCUCAAAGUCUGUUGCCGUUCGAAGGCGCUGCUAUGAUUUCUUGGAUCUUCUGCUACAAGAAUGGCAAACCCACUCUUUAGAGAGGCACACUGCAGUUUUAGUUGAAAGCAUCAAGAAGGGAAUUAGAGAUGCCGACUCAGAGGCAAGAGUUGAGGCUCGCAAGGCCUACUGGGGUCUUAGGAACCAUUUUCCAGGAGAAGCUGAUGCUCUCUACAACUCGUUGGAGUCGUCGUACCAGAGGACGCUUCAGUCUUACCUAGGGAGCUCUGGCAGCGUGGCCUCACUUCCCCAGAGUGACCGCUCCUCCUCAUCCUCUCAGGAGAGCCUCAAUCGGCCUCUGUCUUCUAAAUGGUCAGCAACUCCAGGGCGAGUCCCUGCGGGUUCAAAGGGUGGGGUGACAUCGGCUUCCCUGCAGCGCUCCCGUAGUGACGUGGAUGUAAACGCAGCAGCAGUUGCUAAGCAUCGGCACACUGGACAGGCCGGGGGAGCGGGCCGACUGCCCCCCGGCUCCUAUUCCUCACUGGAUGAUGCCUCUGAUAAAACGGAUGGACGUGUACGCGCCAAGCAGCCCCUGUCCACCGCCAGCAGCAUGUCCAGCCAGGUGGACUCGCGAGGACGCAGCCGCACCAAGAUGGUCUCCCAGUCGCAACGUUCCGACGAAUCCGAUUGCACACCAGGAUCUCAGUCUGCUACCCCUGUCGGUGCCGGCAGCAGAAGUGGCUCUCCGGGUCGCGUGCUGACGAGUACGGCCUUGAGCACCAUGAGCUCGGGUGCCCAGCGGGUCCUGGCUGGGUCUGCCGGGGAUGGGCAGAGGCGCAGUCGCAUCCCUCGCAGCCAGGGCUGCUCCAGAGACUCCUCCCCCACCCGUCUGUCUGUAGCUCCAUCCAGCAUUAGUUCCAUAUACAACGGAGCAAGCAGAGGAGCUCGGGGCAGUCGCAUCCCUCGACCCAGUAUGAGUCAGGGCUGCAGCAGAGAGGCCAGCAGGGAGAGCAGCCGGGACACCAGCCCCGUACGCUCCUUCACACCCCUGGCGACACGGAGUUACUCUCGCUCCACCGGAGCUCUCCACACACCUGAUGCUUUUGGGGCUGCAGGUAUUGGAAUGAAUCAGUCCAGCCGCCUCUCAUCAUCAGUCAGUGCAAUGAGAGUCCUUAACACAGGCUCAGACGUGGAGGAGGCUCUUGCAGAUGCACUGCUGUUGGGAGACAUGCGGUCCAAGAAGAAGCCAGCACGGCGGCGGUAUGAGAACUACAGCAUGUACUCCGACGACGAUGCUAACAGUGAUGCAUCCAGCGCCUGCUCAGAAAGGUCCUACAGCUCCAGGAACGGAGGAGCCAUCCCCACCUACAUGAGACAGACAGAAGAUGUGGCAGAGGUGCUGAACCGAUGUGCCAGCGCGAACUGGUCCGAGAGGAAGGAGGGGCUGCUGGGCCUCCAGGCACUGCUGAAGAACCAGCGCACCCUCAGCCGUGUGGAGUUGAAGAGGCUGUGUGAAAUCUUCACCAGGAUGUUUGCAGACCCUCACAGCAAGCGAGACUCUGGACGAUUGUACGGCACGGCAGAAUCCGGUAUAAGCUCAGCCUCCUUCAAGAGAGUGUUCAGUAUGUUCCUGGAGACACUGGUAGAUUUCAUUCAAGUCCAUAAGGAUGACCUGCAAGACUGGUUGUUUGUCCUGCUCACACAACUGCUAAAGAAAAUGGGAGCUGACCUGCUGGGAUCGGUACAGGCCAAAGUCCAGAGGGCUCUGGAUGUCACACGAGAGUCUUUCCCCAAUGACCUUCAAUUUACCAUUCUCAUGAGGUUCACUGUGGACCAGACUCAGACGCCCAACCUCAAGGUGAAAGUGGCCAUUUUAAAGUACAUUGAGACGCUGACAUUACAAAUGGAGGCCCCAGACUUUGUGAAUUCAAGUGAAACUCGGCUAGCUGUGUCCCGCAUCAUCACCUGGACGACGGAACCCAAGAGCUCUGACGUCAGGAAGGCAGCCCAGUCAGUGCUGAUCUCUCUGUUCCAACUUAACACUCCGGAGUUCACCAUGCUCCUGGCAGCUCUGCCCAAAACGUUCCAGGACGGCGCCACCAAGCUGCUUCAAAACCACCUGAAGAACACAGGCAACACUGCACAGGCAACCAUGGGCAGCCCUCUGACACGCCACACCCCCCGAUCUCCAGCCAGCUGGUCCAGCCCAGUCACUUCCCCAACCAACCCCUCUCAGAACACACCCUCACCAAGUGCUUUUGACUAUGACACGGAGAACAUGAACUCAGAGGACAUCUACAGCUCACUGAAAGGUGUCACUGAGGCAAUCCAGAACUUCAGCGUCCGCAGCCAGGAGGACAUGAACGAGCCCGUCCAGCGGCGAGAAGGAGAAGAGGGUGGAAGCGGGACCGAUGGCAGGGGAUCUGAGUUUAUGGACGGUGGACGCAUGGCUUUGGACAACAAGACAUCCCUUCUCAACACGCCGCUGCUCUCCUCCAGCCCCCGCGGCGCCCGUGAGCACUUCUCCGAUUCUCCCUUCAAACACAGCCGCAAAGACACCAGCCUGGACGAUUCUGAGCAUCUUACUGAUGAUAGCAGCCUAGACCAGUCGGAGCUCGUAGCCGAGCUGCUGAAGGAGUUGUCCAACCACAAUGAGCGCGUGGAGGAGAGAAAGGCAGCGCUGUGCGAACUGCUGAAGCUCAUUCGUGAGAACACCCUGCAGGUGUGGGACGAGCAUUUCAAGACCAUUCUGCUGCUCCUGCUCGAGACAAUGGGCGACAGAGAGCAUGUGAUCCGAACACUGGCUUUGCGGGUGCUGAGGGAGAUUCUAGGCAAGCAGCCCUGGAGGUUUAAGAACUAUGCUGAGCUCACCAUAAUGAAGGCCCUAGAGGCUCACAAAGACCCUCACAAGGAGGUGGUACGAGCAGCAGAGGAGACGGCAGCCAUGUUGGCCCUGUCCAUCAGUCCAGACCAGUGCAUCAAGGUGUUGUGUCCCAUCAUCCAGUCGGCUGAUUAUCCCAUCAACCUGGCUGCCAUCAAGAUGCAGACCAAAGUGGUGGAGAGGAUUCCCAGAGAGGGCCUUAUCAGCUUGCUGCCUGAGAUCGUGCCAGGACUCAUACAGGGUUACGACAACUCUGAGAGCAGUGUGAGGAAAGCCUGUGUGUUCUGUUUGGUGGCCAUUCAUGCAGUGAUUGGAGACGACCUCAAACCCCAUCUCAGCCAACUCUCAAGCAGCAAGUUAAAGCUGUUGAAUCUAUACAUCAAGCGCGCCCAGUCCGGCUCCACCGCAAGUGAUCCCUCUGAAGGCCUAUAGGAGACCCAUUGCCCUACCACAAGGCUACCACAGAACUGCAUCUCUGCCCACCGAACAUCCACAUCUGCUCAUGAGCGCAUACCUUCACAGACCGAUAACAAAUACACAUCUAACACAGAAUCACAGCAGCGAGCUGAUUUCAUCUACAUGUCCACUUGCACUCUAGUGACACACACACACACACACACACACACACACACACACACACACACACACACACAGCCCUCCUGCAUUUACUGUCUCACACCGAGGUGGUGCAGAGAGGAGGGUUGUGGUGCUCCUAAACAUCACGGAGGAUCCACCUGGUUUUCAGAUGAAACUAAACCCAUACAUAGAUACAUAUACAGUCACAUAGUCCACCCAGCUUUUCACCAUUUACUUAAGGAUGAAGGAUAUAAAAUAUCCGUCCUCUUCACUAUCUUUAUAUCCCAAAUAGAACAUCUGAAGAACACUGAUAUCAGCAGAAAGUGGUGCAUCUGCAUGGUUCUCAUUUUGGGGGGUUAUGUUCAUCAGCACUGAAAAGAAAAAUCAGCAGCAUCUUGUCUGUCCUGAACAGUGAGUAGCUGGGGCCAGGUAGACAGGAAUGUACAUUUACAUUGUGUCAUAGUUUGGAUUUAUUUUACGCAAUGAGAUUUUACUGCAGCAGUUUUUAAUGUCUGGAGUUUUCUUUCUCACACACACACACACACACACACACACACACACACACACACACACACUAGAACACACUUUCAAAAAGGUGCUGAUCAGCCAAAAAGGUACGACCGACCAACCCCGCACUGCACUAAGACGUUACAGUGGGUCAUGCCUGCGACAUAGCGACAUACUGUACAUCAGGCAGAUUCCAAAGUGUAGAAGGCAUUACAUGCUUGGCUAUGCAUGAGACUAAAUUAAAAAAAUAACUUUUUAUUGGUGUCCUCUUGACAGUCAGAAUGAUGUGACUGGGGUUUUAAAUUAAUGUGAACAAUGUCUGCCCCUUUCAGAGAAAUAUGUGAUGUCCUUCAUUUCUCCCAGCUCAUCUCUGAUCGGCCCCGUUCUGAGCAACUUUUUAGGGGGAGAUGGGUGCGUGCUGCUUACUACAUGAAGUAUGACAGGACAUGGCUUAUUAUCACAUAGUGGAUAUGUAUCUAUAUAUGAUAUUAAAAUGGAAUAUCCAAUAACCGUGUCAUUUAAGAAAGUCCCCCGGGGGGGUGCACGCGCGCACCUAUGCCCAUCCUUGUUUUUAGUUCUCUCUCUGUCGCGUGUGCCGUAGUCUUUCUCUCACGCUUAUUUUUUUCUCUGCCGAGAAGUUUGUAGAAAUGUAUUAUUUACAGCUCUGAAAAAAAAUGUCAUGCCACUUUUUUCUCUCAGCCCCUUCAUCGUGUCUUUCGUUCCUUUCCUCUUAUAGUAACAUUCUAGUUUUCACUGUUGUGUUUCUUCCGUGCAUUUACAAAGCUGUGCUUACAAAACAAUAAAGAACUUGUACAGAUCAAA